GCGGCAGCAAGAUGCCCAGCGCACUGUGCAGACCCGGGGCUCUCCGAAAGCAACUCCGUCCUGCUUGAGCGAGGCUGCUGUUUCCAAAGCUCCCUCAAGCCAAGGAAAAGCCUGAUCUGUCUCACUGAACCACUCGGGCAAGGAGUGACGGUCUUCUCAACGUUGCCCUCUAGCGUUGGUCUGGAGAAGUACUACCCCUGGAUUCCCGGGGACACAGUGCAGCACCAUGGGAUCUAACAGCAUCCCGCAGGACCUCCGCUCCUCCGUCUCCGACUAUGUCAACUAUGACAUCAUCAUCCUGCAUUACAACUAUACGGGAAAGCUGAACAUAAGCACCGACAAGGAGAAUGGCAUUAAACUGACUUCGGUGAUGUUCAUCCUCAUCUGCUGCUUUAUCAUUCUGGAGAAUAUCUUUGUCUUGUUGACCAUUUGGAAAACCAAGAAGUUCCAUAGACCCAUGUACUAUUUUAUUGGUAACCUGGCUCUCUCAGACCUGUUGGCAGGAGUGGCUUAUGUGGCCAACCUGCUUUUGUCUGGGGCCACCACCUACAAACUUACCCCCGCCCAAUGGUUUCUGCGGGAAGGGAGCAUGUUUGUGGCCCUGUCUGCCUCCGUGUUUAGCUUGCUAGCCAUCGCCAUUGAGCGCUACAUCACAAUGCUGAAGAUGAAACUCCACAAUGGCAGCAACAGCUUCCGCUCCUUCUUGCUGAUCAGUGCCUGCUGGGUCAUCUCGGUCAUCCUGGGCGGCCUGCCCAUCAUGGGCUGGAACUGCAUCGGCACGCUGCCCAGCUGUUCCACUGUGCUGCCACUCUACCACAAGCACUAUAUCCUCUUCUGCACCACCGUCUUUACUCUGCUUCUGCUCUCCAUCGUCAUCCUAUACUGUAGAAUCUACUCUUUGGUUAGGACUCGGAGCCGCCGUCUGACCUUUCGAAAGAAUAUAUCCAAGGCCACCCGGAGCUCUGAGAAGUCACUGGCGCUACUCAAGACAGUGAUUAUUGUCCUGAGUGUCUUCAUUGCUUGUUGGGCUCCCCUCUUCAUCCUGCUCCUGCUAGAUGUGGGCUGCAGGGUCAAAACCUGCGGCAUCCUCUUUAGAGCUGAGUACUUCCUGGUGUUGGCUGUGCUCAACUCCGGCACCAACCCCAUCAUCUACACUCUGACCAACAAGGAGAUGCGCCGGGCCUUCAUCAAGAUCAUGUCCUGCUGCAAGUGUCCUAGCGGAGACUCCACUGGCAAAUUCAAGCGACCCAUCAUAGCUGGUGUGGAAUUCAGCCGCAGUAAAUCCGACAAUUCCUCCCAUCCCCAGAAAGACGAUGGGGACAACCCAGAGACCAUUAUGUCUUCUGGAAAUGUCAACUCUUCUUCCUAA